GUCCGAAAAAUCUUAGUAAAUUCUACGUGGAAAAUAAUAAUUGGUUGGAACAAGAUAAGAAAUAUGUGAACACAAUCCUCGCCAACCUCAAUUAUAAUGUUCCCAUUCUGAUUCUGUUUCUUGCUUAGACACCAUUACAAAACCCCAACACAGAAGAAGGCAAAAAAGAGGAAACAGAAGAAAAAAAUGGCAACGAUGGCUGGUGUGAGCGUUUCAAGCCCCAAGGUCUUCUUCAAGGCAUCGGGCUCACUGCAGAAUGCCCAGCCCAUCAAGUUUUCACUUCCACCAAGCCCAGGCGGGCCCGCAAUUAUUAUUAGAUCGGGUCGGAUGGUAACGAUCCGACCCGUUCGGGCUGUGCCGGAGAGUAUAUCGGAGAAGGUUGAAGAGAGCAUAAAGAACGCGCAAGAAGCUUGCGCUGGAGACCCUACUAGCGGCGAGUGCGUGGCGGCGUGGGACGAGGUCGAGGAGCUGAGCGCAGCGGCCAGCCAUGCUAGGGACAAGCAAAAGGAAAAGGAUUCCGACCCGCUUGAGAAUUACUGCAAGGAUAACCCCGAAACUAUUGAGUGCAAAACUUUCGACGACUGAGGUUGACAUCAAAUUGUCAAGUAAAAUCGUUGCAUUAUUACAUGAUAUUAUCGUUGUUAACAGCUGUGUAAUAAUGUUUUUAAAGCAUAAUCCAUAGCUUGUUGAAAAUCAUCAACGCUCGUAGUCUCAUGGUAACUUCUGUUUAAUGAAAGCCAAAUUAUUAA